AACACACGUAACAGCACACCAGGUACUGCAGUCUACACUGACAGUAACAGAUAAACCUCUUAUUUGUAAGUUGGAGCGACAGACCACUCUUUGAAGAAGACUGUUGAUCGUUUCUGGAAGGGUACACUAGAUACCGGAUUAUUAUAGCAGCAGCAUCGUGACAAAAAAUUAAUUUGGUUCUAGAGAGAUGCAGACAUUACAAAGCACCUGCUGAAGAAAUUACUUUGAUGGAUAGAAUGCUGAAACAGUCCCAAUGCUUAGAGGAUGGUCAGGCUUGUAGCAAAGGCUCAUCCACGCUAUUACUGAACGGCAGCUAUAAAUACAAUGAUGGAGGACUUCAGUCUGUUAAGGAUACGUCAUCUUCAGAUCCCAUAACUCUCCUUGACAGGCUCUCAGUAACUCAAAACAUCUGGCUGCAGCUGGGUCUCCCCUUUGAAAAGGCUAAAGAGAUCCUUGAAGAAGAAUUGAUGGGUUCUUUCCUAAUAACAGGAGGGAAGAAUGGAAAACCAAAAAUGAUCACGAUUCGUGUGCCUAACGUAGACCAGACUUCCAAAAUUCAGGAUUUUAUUAUCCUUGAGGAGAAAACAGUUGUUCGCCUGGAGAAUUCUCAUCUGGGAUUUGUAGAUAUUUUUCAACUGAUUGCCUUCUACCUGAUCACCAGAGAUGUUUUGCCAUGUUGUCUGCACUUACCAACAGUAGUUCUGGAGCUAUCAAAACGAGAAGACCUGGAAAGGGUUUCUGAGCUUGGUAUACAAUUUUGGACUUCAUCUUUUAAUCGAAAGCAAGAAUAUUUUUGCCACACAACUAGAGAGACUACUGCAUCAACUGAGCAAAAGCCAGACACAGUGGGCCUUGGAAGUCAACAGAUGUGCUCCAUUCAGGUGACUACAGAAAAUGGAGCCCUUUGUUUUAUCAAUCCACUUUUUAUAUCUGUGCAUGGAGAUAGCUGGUUGACGGAGGUACCAUCAUCAAUGCACUCCUUUAGAAACCAAGGUAAUGCUGUCAAGCUCAGGAAUGAGGAAGGCUUCAAAAGCAACCUUCUGCUCAUGAAAACACAGGUUUCCAUUGAUUCAGAACCUAUAGGCUGGGGUGCUUUGGAUUCAGAGGAAUUUCAGCAAUCACAAAAUAAGAUUGAAGAGGCAUUCACAGAUAUAAAUUGUGAGUCACCAUAUCUAAUCGACAGUGCAGACAAAAGAAGGAAAUCCUGGGUUCCUUUACCUUCUGGGAGUAGCAGUGACUCCAUGGAUUCAGAAUACUUUGAUAAGAAGUUAAUUUUCCAGUCACCAUCAGUAGAAGUAAAGGAGGAGGACCUUAAAAGUGAUGGUAAAGAUAUCCAUAUUGUUCAGUCCCCUCACCGAGCUUCAUGGAUUGAAGGGGACCAGAUUACAAGGCCUCGACUGCUGAAGAAAUCCAGAUCAGAAGCCUCUCUUUUCUCAUGUGAAAGUUUGCUUUUGCCUCCCAUCUCAGAGCUUGAUUCCUUGUCAAUAAGUAGCAUGGAAGAUGAAGGAGACAGCCUCUCCACGUUGACAGUUGCCACCAAUAAGAAAAGGCAUUCCACUGCUCUGACUAACAAGGUACUGCAUCGCCUUUCAGCAGUGAGUAAUGUGCUUACUGGCUUAAUCUCUUUUGACAGGAGAGUAAACAAAAAAAUCCUAGACCUGAUUCAGGAACAGACUUCUUACUUAGGUGGCUUAGUGCAGAGCUUCAUCUCUCACACCUUGAAAAAUUCCUCCAAGUACCCCACCAGCACAGAACUGCUACAGGAAAUUAGGCAGAUGAUCACUAACCUGAAGAACUACCUUCUGGAAGGUUCCGAGUUGCAGCCAGUUCUGGAGCAUCCAGAGGCAGAAGAUUACAACUUAGAUAGUAUAAUAGAGGAAGCACUGUACAAAGGCAUCCUGAAACCCUUGAAAAAUCACAUCUACUUCCAGCUCAAUGAAUUUCAUACCAAGGAUGGCACUUUGAAGAAACUGAAGGACAACCAGAAGACAAUGAAAUGCCAGAGUCUGCCUGGACUUGGAGUUACUGCCAGUGUACCUGAUGCUGCAGGACUUGAGAAAAUCCGUCAAAAAUUCACUUUGAUGCACUCCACCUAUUCUCCUAAGAAGAAGGUGAUGCAGCUCCUGAAAGCCUGCAAACUCAUUUAUGACGCCAUGGCAAACACAUCAAACAAACCAUAUGGUGCAGAUGAUUUCCUGCCAGUGCUGACAUAUGUGUUGGUACAAAGUGACAUAGACCGUCUACAGUUGGAUGUGGAGUACAUGAUGGAACUUCUGGACCCAGCACUGCUACAUGGAGAAGGUGGUUAUUACCUCACUACCUUGUUUGGAGCUCUUUACCACAUCGGCAAUUUCCAACCAAAGAUGAUAACUCGCCAAAUCAGUGCUGAGGCACAAAAUUCUAUCCACCAAUGGCACCGCAGAAGAACACUGCACCAUAAUCACUCAUGGAGACGUGUAACCCAGGACUUUUUGUACGUUUCCUUCCAAGAGCCCUUUUCUAUGCAGAAGACCAUCCCAACAUCAAAGCACAUGACUGCAGCUGAGAUCUGCAGAACCUGCUGUGAGAAAUAUGAGGUCAAAAACCCAGAGAGCUAUGGACUCUUCUUGGUGAGAGAUAAUGAAUACCAACUCCUAGACGAUGUAAGUUGCCCUCAGAAAAUCAAGGCAGACCUCCAGAAAACAGAAGGAAGCAUAAUUAAUUUUGUUUAUGCACAAAAGAGCAGCUCAUCAAUAAGCAGAACACCUUCAGAGGAACUACUCACACAAUUGUAAAUUGGUUUGUUAGUACUCCCCGCUAACCUACAUCACUGUAAUUUCAUGUAUAACACAGAAAGGAAAGUAACACAUCAAUGCUAUCAUAUUAACUGGUGAACAAAAUCUUUGUGUGGCCACAAAGGAAAGUUCGGUCUCAGCUGACAUAGUGCUGCAUUUUACGGGAGCAUAUGUGCAAUAAAACAUUUGAAGUGUCUGUACUGCCUUUGACUACAUCCUGACUGUCAAAUCCCAUUUUGUGACAGCUUAAAGAAUUAGGAGUUUGUUAUACAUUUCAUAUUUUUCCUGUCAUGACAAUAAACAUUAUCAGGUUGUACAAGUAUUAACUAAGAAGAA